CUUCAAGCUGCAAGCCACCAACUUCCUUCCCUAUACAUGUUUUCCGUAUAAGCCUAUAAGGUUAUAAAUCGAUCAUUGAACAGAAGAAGUAGGAGACGGAAACUAUUGAGAGAGUAGAGACUGUGAGGAGAAAGAUAUGGUGAGAUCGUUGCCGGUUGCAAUACUGUGGACUCUAUUCCUGUUCGGAACCCUAACUCUCAUUCAGGCAAAAAAGAAGGAAGAUUUGAAAGAGAUUACUCAUAAAGUUUACUUUGAUGUCGAGAUUGCUGGGAAACCUGCAGGCCGUGUUGUCAUGGGUCUUUUCGGAAAGACUGUUCCUAAAACGGCAGAAAACUUCCGGGCAUUGUGCACUGGAGAGAAAGGUACCGGGAAGAGUGGAAAGCCUCUUCAUUUCAAGGGGAGCGCGUUCCAUAGAAUUAUUCCCAGCUUCAUGAUCCAAGGAGGUGAUUUCACUCUUGGUGAUGGAAGAGGUGGAGAAUCAAUAUAUGGUGAGAAGUUUGCUGAUGAGAAUUUCAAGCUGAAGCAUACUGGACCAGGGUUUCUGUCAAUGGCAAAUGCUGGUCGUGAUACCAAUGGUUCACAAUUCUUCAUAACAACUGUGACAACUAGUUGGUUGGAUGGCAAACAUGUUGUAUUCGGAAAGGUGCUAUCUGGAAUGGAUGUAGUUUACAAGAUUGAAGCUGAAGGAAAACAGAAUGGCCAACCCAAGAGUAAAGUUGUGAUUGCUGAUAGUGGCGAACUUCCCCUAUAAUACCCUUGCCUCUCAUCACAAAUUUAAAUCAGUUUAAUCUCUCUAUCCCUCUCCCGCUCUCUCUCUGUGUUAUCAUGAGACAUGUCAUAAUGCCUUUUUUACUCUAGUCUACUUAUGGAGCGUGUGCUAAUGUAUUGUGACGAUGCCCAAGUGGGUACGAGAGGUACUCCUAUUUGGGCUCUUGCCUUUUUGACGCCUCCUCUACGUGUUUGUGUUUGCAUACAGCUCUUGCUGAUGAGGAAUGGAGGCAAUCAUAAAUUAGUUGAAAUA